AUGCUUCUCUUUUUAUUUAUUAUUGCGGUAUCUUGCCAAUUUUGUAAUAAUGAAAAUAAUUGCAAUUCACAAAAAAUAAUCCAAUUAAAAAGUCUUUAUCACUCUCUACAACAAUUACAAAGUAAAUUCAAUGACUUAGAGGAUCAAGAAAUAAAAGUAAUUGAGAUAUACACUUCUAAGAAGAGCCAAUUAGAAACAAACUUCAGAGAAACGGUUGAACAGGACAAUAUAACACAAAAAAUAAAUCAAUUACGAAUUGAUUUUAGAAGUAAAAUAGUUGAGAUUAAACGAAAGAAAAUUAAAGGAAAAAGAUUCAACUCUGAUUUGGUUAGAUUUAAUGUGUUUAAAGAUACAAUGGAAAGGUGGUUAGAAUUUCAUCAACAACAAAAAAAAGAAAUAAUGAAUAUAAAAUAUUAUUGGUAUUUUGUAGUAAAAAAUAGUAGUUGGAUUAGUGAACUCAACCCUUGUGCUUUAGACUAUGAAGUGUUAGAAUAUCUUACUGAUAUUAGUAUUUCUAAUAUUCAUUCUAAAAUUGUUCCACAUACGAUUUUGCCUGAAGAACAAACACUAUUAGUUGGAUAUACAUUAUCAUUCGAAUUUAAACAAAAUCCUUAUAUGAAUAAAACAUUUUUAACAAAAGAAAUAAUGUAUAACAUCAAUGAGACUAAUUAUCCAACAUGCACUAUUGCUAAUUGUGGAACAGAAAUGACAGACUUGUAUUAUGAUAAACUUAAAAACAAUAAAUCAUUUUUUGAUUUCUUUGAAAUUUUUGAUGAUGAUGUAAUGGAAGAGAUUGCAUUAAUUGACAUGAAAAUUUGUAAGAGAAUAGUAAAAGAAACUCUUACAUUUUCAUAUCAAUAUUUCGAAAGAUUAAAUGAAGAGAGUAUAUCAGAAGAAGAUGAUUAUGGUGAAGAAGACGAUUAUUAUGAUGACUACUAUGAUGAUGAAUAA